AUGAAUAGUACUCUUUAUCCUCAUCGGGGCUUUAUGCUCGACACGGGUCGAAAGUAUUUUCCAGUCAAAGCCAUCCUCAGUCUGUUGGCCGUUCUCCAUCAGUACAACUUCAAUGUCUUCCACUGGCACAUCUACGAUGCACAAAGCUUCCCUAUGCUCUGGCCCGCCGACGGGGGAUUGACGAAUGCAAGCAUAAAAUACAGUGGCUCGCCUUAUUUCUAUAGCUCUGAAGACAUUCACAAGGUUGUUACACAAGCACAGAGCUUGGGCAUCCUGGUCUAUCCUGAGACAGACAUGCCUGGCCAUAGCGACAUUUGGGGAAAAUGGAAGAAGAAUCUAGUCGUUGGCAAAGUAGACCUCGAAAAUCCAGAUGCUCAACUGGACAUCAGACCGCAAAAACAACAAACCUACGAUUACAUAACUGAUCUCGUAUCUACCACCGACAAAUACUUCGGGUCUCCCCUUCAUCACUUUGGCGCGGACGAAGUCGCAUACAUGUGGAAUACUAAAGACGACAACAAAUUGUUCAACAAUUUCCUCAAUUGGCUCAAAACUCUGGCCCCGAAUAAAUCGCUCAUUCUAUGGGACGACCCGCUCACUGAUGAGGAGAAGCGCAUCAAACUCUCCAAGGACUGGAUCAUCCAAACCUGGCACAACGGUGCUACUCAAGGUAUCCUGAAGAAGGGACAUCGAGUGAUUAUCUCGGAGUCUGAAACCUUUUAUAUCGGUAACGCAGAUCAGGACACAAUUUCCUCUUUCAAAUUCCCCGAUAAUCCCAAUGUGUUGGGAUUUGAAGUUGUCUGGUUCACGUCUGAGGAUGAUGAUCCACAUGACUUUCGCAAGAGUUGGGUCAUGGAACCGAUCAAGGCUGCAGCAAAGAUCCGCCGACCCAAGAAGAAUUGA